GAGGCGAACACCUGACGCACUGCCAACUUGACGCACACCCUGUCUACCUGCCUCCACCGUAAACAGCGCUAGGAGCUGAAUCUUUUUGCUUCAAUUGCACUUUUAAGUGGCACCAGUUUACUCUCAUAUUUCUAAUAAUGAGAUUACGAAAAGGAAUUAUUUCAUAACAUUUUGAAGCUUGUAGUUGAUAUUGUGAGGACUGGUGAAUCAAGGGAUGAAGUUACCUGUCUGGGACCAGAGCCAGUGGGAGGCAGCCUGGUUGGUGUUAUGGGGAUUUGCAGCGUGUGUGAGGGGUGGGUUUGUGGAGCCUCCUCCAUCCUUUGCCCUGCGGUCCAUGACGGAGGAUGAGACACGGCUGCCCUGUCAGUUCCAGGUUCAGGAGGACGAGCAGGUAGUUCAGGUCAGCUGGAUCAAGGAGCUACCUGAUGGCACCAAGGAACAUAUCAUCACCGCCCACCGCACAGAGGGACACACAGAGUUUGGGCGGUACUCUGGGAGAGUGAGGUUUGAGAGCAGUCGCUCCAUGGUGAACUCUGCUCUGCUCAUCCUGACCACGGAGGAGUCUGAUGAGGGGAAAUACAUCUGUCACAUCAGCACAUUCCCCUAUGGGAACUUUGAGAGGAAGCUGUCACUCACUGUGUGGACCUUCCCCAUCUCCUCUCUGGACCCGGUGGUUCUGGAGGAGGGCCAGUCCUUCCACGUGGCUGCCUCCUGCCGCUCCGUGGCCCGCCCUCCACCCCGCCUGACCUGGGACACGGACCUUCCUGGCCAGGCCCAGAACCGCAGCUCCGAGGGCGGGGCCGUGUCCACCCACUUCUCCCUGCACCCCCUGAGGAGCAUGAAUGGCAUGCGGUUGGACUGCCUGGUCUGGCACCCUGCUCUGGAACAACCCCGCAGGAUCAGCAACCGCCUGGUGGUGCAAUUUCCCCCAGAUGCAUCUGUCACCGGUUUUGAUGGCAACUGGUACAUGGGACUGAAGGAAGCUGAACUCCGUUGUGAGUCUGGAGGAAACCCCAAACCAAAAAACUUCACCUGGACCAGGGAUGGUAAGGCUCUGCCAGAUGGCCUGACUGUGGAUGGAGCAAGGCUUCUGUUUGGCCGAGCCCUGAGACUGAAUGACACUGGAGUUUAUGAAUGUGUGGUGAACAACGGCGUUGGGACAAGGAAAGUAAAAUGUAACAUCACAGUUACAGAGACAUCUCGGAGUGUGCAGGAAGUGAUCUUUGACACUCUAGUGAUGAUCAUUAUAGCUGUGGCUGCUGGGGUGUUGGUCAUCGUCAUGAUCAUCGUCAUCAUUUUAGUCAACCGAUACCACAGACGCAAAAACAGCAAAUUAGAGAUGGAGCUUAGUAAAAGGAUGUUAGAAAUCAACACUCUCUCCAGACAGGCCUCCUCCAGGAGACUCAACUCUGUCAGCACAGACCCCAGAGGACAGAAUGAAGACUGUACACAACUCAGACUAGACAGUAGAAUGAAAAAAAGCCUAAUGUCCCUUGAGGACCAUCCCAUCUACAAAGGCAGUCAAUCCACCCUCGGUGGGAAGUGGGGGACGGUUCGAGAGGAUGAUUUGGACUACAUAGGCCGCCCCGUCCUGUACCAAUCUAGCUGGCGCGAGUGCAGAGAGAGUACGAGGGGGGCUGAGAUGAAGGGAGAAAGGGAAGAGCGCAGACGAAGGGUGGAGUCGUACCUAAAGAGCAGCAAUAUGUCCCUGGACUCUGGCCUUCCUUCCUCCCUUGUCCCCAUGAAGCCCCAGGAUCAUGAUGGCAGUGUGGGGCCCACAGACAUCCCCCCAAUGCUCAGCGACCUAGGUGGCCAGAGGGAAGGCAUGACGGAAGGGGAAGACUGGAGCGACAGACAGGACGUGCUGGAGGUUGACGAGGCUGACUGUGACAACAGUUCAUACCAGAUCUCAGAGGCACUCUCCAACCACUUCCACUACAGUAACGGGUUCCUGCGGCCCAAACCACACUCCAACGCCAUCCUCCUACACCCCAGAGGACAGAACAUAUAGACAGGGGUGAAAGGAGUUUGUUGAAAAGGGAACUGCCCUCUGCUCCACCCUAACCCAAUGGUCAUGGAGGCCUGUUAUAUUGCAGCAUCGCUUUGUCAACUGUAAACCUAGUCUUGUCUAAGCACUUAUCAGUUGUGCUUGUGAUGUCAUUUUAGCUAACCUUAUAGUUCUGAUAUACUAAAUAUACCCUACCCUUGUGCGUUAAUGUUAUUUUCAUGUUUCUUUCUAUUUAAAAAAAUCAAAAGGGCUGUUUGAGAGAAUUCUCAUGUUUAUUCAUAAAAAUGUAUGCACUGGUAAAAGCAUGUCCACUGUCGUUUUUCUCUCCAGAUGUGUUAGUCUCUGGCAGUUUUAAAAAGACGAUGGAGAUCUGGCUCUAGAUAUCGUUGUUCCUUUUAAAAGGUUACAAGCAGGAGGCUGUGAUACCUCCCUACAGUAUAUUAGCACCACUAGUGUAACAGUUGUGGUAGGGGAUCACUGCUCUCACUUUACAAAAUAUAAAGACAAAAGUAACACUGCUGCUUUCUGCACGUGUCUUGACUGUCUUCUCAUAAACUCUGUUCACAGUCAUUGGAAAAUGUUUGUCAAUAGCUAGGUUUCCAUCCAAUUGGCGACAGAUUUUCAUGUGAAUAUUCUUGAAUCCGAAUAAAAUAUUUGCAUUUCCAACGUGUCUACCCCAAACUGACUUGUUUUCAUGUACCAAAUAAAAAUCUAAAGUUCAA